CUCAUCUCCAACGCAUCAUCCACGUGCUCCCACUGUAUUCAAACGUCAAAAACGAAGGCUGAGGACAAUUGUUACGUGAAAAUACGCGCAAAAGUCUGUGAAUAAUUGUUUUUUUGCAAGUGUCAUCCAAUUGUUGAACAGCUUCAUUGUUGACAUGCACAAACGCCUCUUCUUCGCGAGCCGGGGCGUCAGUUGAGCAUGGGAUUUAUUUAUAAACUCAUCUCGAGAAUGGUAGACUCUACAUCAACGACUUGAAUCGUUUAAUCCCGUUUUGUAGAGAUUGAACACUUAAUUUAGAGAAUUGAGAACAACAAAAUUGUGAAGUCGUCAAAUUGAAUGGGAAAAGUUUAAAUCAUUUUUUGUUCUCUUGAGGGGGUUCCUACACUUGAGGAGAAAGUCAAAACAACGAAUUUAGGGGCAAUUUUUUUAAUAGAGGGAAUCGAAUUAGGUUUUUCAUCUCGUGUACUAGAAUUCACUCUGAAUUCAUUCUAUUCGCUCAUUCAUUUCAUUCACUUGAGACCAAAAAAUUCGCAAAUGUGUGGAUUUUGAAAUGCAAAUAGGAAUAGAAUUGAGAAGAGAAAGUUUGAGUGAUUGAAGAAUUUUAAUAAUUUAAUUGAAUUGAAAAAAUAAUAAUCCCCAAUUUUUGGAAGGAGGAAUUAUAGAUUGAAAAUGAUGAAGUGAAAAUCAUCCGAACUCAUUUCCUCAAUCUUAUCAAAUUAAAUAGGAAAAAAUUGGAAAAAUCUACAAUUCACGAAAAAUCAAAAACAGAAUUCUUCAGACCAUCGAAGAUGUCCAACAUUAGUACACAAAAUAGAAAUAGCAAAUCAAUUGAACAAUUGAAUCCCUUGAAUCAAAAAACACUUAUUUCACCAGCUAAAUUUCAAAAAUACAUUCAAAACCUCCAGGUCUCGACCAAAAAACCAUUAAUAAAGUUCUUCAGGCACUCAAAGAGUCAAGUUUAUCGCCAAAAAUCUAAAUAAGAAAUUGUCCGAACAAUUUACCUAAAUUCUGUCCCAUUUCCUGAAUUUCAACCCCUAAAAUUCGCGAAAUAAAUCCCAAAAAUCGUAGAAAUCUUGACAUUUCGACCAAAAAAAACGAAAAAAUCCUGAACUCCACCAAAAACCCAACGAUCAAAUCCCCAAGCAAUUAUCCCGAAUAAGGACCUCAAGUAAAAAAAAAAUGCCCGAAAACUCUUAAAACCGAUCCAACACUCAAUGCCAAGGAUGUUCAGUUCAUUGCGCCUGGGAACGAUGCGUUCUCGUGACAAGAGUCGCGCGCGUCCCGGUAGUGUUGCAACAAACGCAAGUUCCGAGGACAAUCCGCACAACUCGCACUACGGCUCCCAGAAGUUCCUGGUACUGGACGAUAUAGAGACGGGUCAGCCCUCCGGAGUUUCCUCGAAAGUGGCUCAAGUUCGAGUGGAACGAGAGGGUGGGAACCUCGGGGUGACCCUGAGGGGAGGGGUAGCGCGGGCACUAGUGGUGACGGGAGUGAAAUCGGACGGUCCAGCCGCCAAGGAGGGGAGGGUGAGACCGGGGGACCGACUCCUGGCGGUAGACGACACGGAAUUGAGGGGCUUGAGCCUGGCGGAGGCGCAGAGGGCCCUCAGGAGGAGCUCCGACGCACCUGUGGCGUCUCUCACGAUUGAGUACGACGUGGCUAACAUGGAGGAGGCGAGGGCUGCCACCUCGGGUCCCCUCCUAGUGCAGUUGGAGCGAGGACUCUCCGGGGAGUUGGGAUUAACAGUACGUGAAACACCAAGUGGUGUGUAUAUAGAGAGUCUCAGACCAGCCAGCACCGCAGAUCGUUGUGGUGCACUGCAGCCUGGCGAUCGUCUCCUCGCGGUCGAUGACACACCCGUGCACGAUGCAACAGCAGCUGCCAAACUGCUCAGGAAUGUCACUGAUAAUUGCAGAAUAGCGAGACUCCAGAUACUUCCCAGACCACCGAGCACGUCAUCCAGGACGGUUAAGAGGAGGGCGCAGCCUCAAGCUGCUAACCAGACGCUUUACACGAAGGAGAGUCUCACUGUUCUUCUCAGACCCGAUCACAGGGGACUGGGGCUGGCACUGAGGAUCGCCGAUGACGGAAUUAAUUAUGUUGUCGACCUGCUGGAGGCGGGGGGGCCUGCCGAGAGGAGUGGAGUGCUACUGCCUGGCGAUCAGAUCAUCGCCAUCAACAGGAGGAUUCUGAGGGAUCUACAGCCUGCCGAGGUCGCGGCCAUUCUCGAGUCUUCGCAGGAGUGUGUGGAACUCUCACUAAACUGGCUAGGUAUAAAUCGACACUUCAGGGAAGGCUCCUGCUUCUCUGAGGUGGAACUAGUGACGGAGUAUAAGGUGGGGGGAUCGGUGGUCCCCAGCUCAGGAGUAUUCACGGUGAGAGUGGCAAGACCCCUGGGGGGACAGCCGGACCUGGGGCUGACCGUCAACGAGGACCUGGUGAUCGCGGAGGUGAGGAGAGGCUCCCUGGCGUACAGAACAGGGAGCCUAUCCCCUGGGGAUCGGUUGCUGGCGAUCGACGGCCAGAAACUCGACCCUGGGGAUUUGAGGCAGGCUGCACAGCUUCUUCAUCGGCCAGGGAGCUCUGUUGUUGCUCUCACCGUGAGGAAACCCGACAGUUGCAAUGAUCAGAGAGAUGGAAGUGUCUCGGGGAGUGUCUCCGGAAGUGUCGCGGGGGAUCCGAUAAGCCCUCAGUACCCCUCGGGAAUCCUCAGAUCCGCCAGAGAGAGUUUACCGAGUGUCGACAGUGCUGUCGACUCCUGGGGAGAGCUCGGGGAGGUCAGUGGGCCCGAGAUUAUACGACUCUGGGACACUGCCUCCAUCGACAGUGGACAAUUGGACCUUCCCAUGUCGUCGUAUCCCGGCUCUCAGGAUCGACCGGGGAGUGACAAUAGGCCCCAGCAAAUAGUCCACAUAUCCCUCCAUAAAGACCCAGUCUACGAGGACUUCGGUUUUUCCGUCUCGGACGGUCUCUACGAGCGUGGGGUCUACAUAAAUCGUUUGCGACCCGGGGGGCCAUGCGACGGUGUCUUGAAGCCGUACGACCGAAUUCUACGUGUCAACGACACGAGCACAGAGGACUGCGACUGCUGCCUAGCAGUGCCACUCAUCGCUGCUGCCGGAGCCCGCCUAGAUCUCACGGUUGCGCGACCCCUCUCCCCCCAGAAUGUCACGAAAAAUUUGUAAUUUUACUCUUCACCGGUAGUUAGAUUAAUUUUGUUAAUUCAGUGGAGGGUAUCGUGGGACUGUCUUUGGAGGAUUGGAAGGAGAGUUUAAUUCAUCCACUAAAAUUAUUUUCAUUAAAUUCCUGAAAAUUAAAUUUGUAGAAUAAAGAAUCUCAGAGAUUUGUGAAAAGUACUUGUACAAAUGCAGAAUUUUUAUAGAGAAAAAGUGCUUCUAGUUUUCAGUAAAAAGUUGCUGAUUUUUCGUGGUUCUAGCGUGCAUUGUCCUCAGAAUAAGAAGUUCACUCAAUUUCAGAUGAAUAUCUCUGGAAUUGAAGACUAAAAACUGAUUUCAAGUGAGAAAUUUUCAGAAAUUAAGAACAUUUGUGUCAACAUUAAUUCAAUCAACAUGUUAGACCAUGAAGAGAAGUUAUAAAUUACAUUCAGUUGGAAUGACCAAUUUCAGACAUGCAUGGAUUAAUUUUGGGACAGGAAAAACUGUAAAUUCAAGAACGAUAAUGUUUUUAAUGUGAAAACCCAAAUGUUCUGAAUUCAAGAAUCGAAAUUUUCUCAAAAUCGCUGAAAACGUCUUAAUUCAAGGACAAUUCUGCUAGGUUUAAGCAAAAUUUACUGAGAAUUAGAAUUAUGUCGUAUAAAUUUCGCCUUUAGAAAGACGUUAAAUUAAAAAAAACGUCAGAUUAGAAAAUAAUAAUUCACGAAAACCCAUGACAUCCCCGAUUUAAUCGACGACUUUCCCCUGUUCUUUCGUUAGUAUUAACUAGUCAAUGAAUAUUGGAUAUUGUGGAUUGAUUCAUGUUGAAUAAUACUUUAUUCGGGCAUUAAUCAUCCAGGUGCCCUAUUCGUCUCUUCAUUAUUUUUGUACGCAUGUCACUUUUUAUUUAUACAAAAAUAAAUGUUACUAUUAGAUAAA